AGAGAGAAAGAGAGAGAGUACAAGAAACACAGAAAUAAGCGUUGUGUGUUUGUCCAGAUAACACACAUGGUAUAAGUGAGGGGUGCAGGAGGUGAAAUCGAACCUGGGACUCUGCUUUAGGAUGAGGUCUCUCAAACACCUGAAACCACAGACCAAGAAGAAUGUGGAGGAGAAGACACAGCGGCUGGUCAGAUGUUAUUCUGAGGCCAUGCACCAUCAGAUGGACGCAGGGACACAGACAGACCCAGUGGUGGUCCUGUCACUGGCCCAAGCUGCUGUGUUGGGACUUAUUUCCCAGAACGAGGUCUUCGGUGCCACCAUCGCCCCGAACGGCUUCUACACAGGAGAUCCUAAAGAGUCCCCAGCUCCACCAGGUGAGAGAAUGGACUACGAGUAUGCUGACCAGCUUAUAGGUGCCAAUGGCGACUACCUUGGGGAGAAUUUGGGUGAGGAUGGGCACAUGCAUUCCAGCUGUGCUGAGAGAAGGUGGCAGGGGCCACCAGAAAACAGCAAACCUGUAGUAGGGCCCCAAGAUGCAGCAUCACAUGUUAAAGGGGAGUCUGUAACCCCAGGUUUACCCUCGUGCAAUCACAUGAUGAACAACAUGGUGUCCAGAGAAGGCGUACAGUUGGUGGACCCUUCAAGCUACAGGGUUCAUCCCAAACUUCAUUCCAACAACUGCUGCUCCACCUGUGUCCGGGACAUCAAGACUACACAUCCUUCACCUGAUCAACAUUUACAUCCUCACCCCCACGCCCAUAACCACGCAUCUCAUGAGUUGGCUUCACGCAACAGGACCCACAUGAAUAUUAAAGGAGCAGAAGAAGUAACAGAGGAUGGGGAUAGUGGAAGAAAUAGCAUUAAAGGUGGAAGUAGUGGUGAAGAAAUUAGUAGCUACUUUCAGGGCAACGAGGUUAGUUACGAGGGUGGGGAGAUGGAAGGAGUUGGGGAGUUCGAGGAGAACGGUGAGGGGAUGUUCUGGGCGGAGCCGGUGGAGGGGGAGGCACCCCGCGGACGCCGCAUAGACCGCUUGGACAUCAACAUCCAGAUCAACGAGUCAUACUGUGUGGACGUUGGCGAGGGCUUGAAGCGCUGGAAGUGCCGCAUGUGCGAGAAGUCCUACACGUCCAAGUACAAUCUGGUUACGCACAUACUGGGUCACAAUGGCAUUAAGCCACAUGCGUGCCCACACUGUGGCAAACUCUUUAAACAGCCCAGUCACCUACAGACACACCUGCUGACACAUCAAGGUACGCGGCCUCAUAAAUGCACCGUGUGCAAGAAGGGCUUCACCCAAACCAGUCACUUGAAGCGACAUAUGCUGCAGCACACUGAUGUUAAGCCCUACAGUUGCCGUUUUUGUCGCCGUGGUUUCGCCUACCCAAGCGAACUCCGUGCUCACGAAGUCAAGCACGAACGAGGGCGAUGCCACGUCUGCUCGCAAUGCGGCAUGGAGUUUCCCACAUAUGCUCACCUGAAACGUCAUCAGGUGAGCCACCAAGGACCCUCCACCUUUCAGUGCAGCCAGUGCAACAAGUCGUUCGCCUACCGCAGCCAGCUGCAAAAUCACCUACUGAAGCAUCAAACGCAGCGAUCGUUCUCCUGUAGCCAGUGUGGCCUGCAGUUUCUUCAGCUGCAUCAGCUACGCCAACACUCCCUCACACACAAGACAAACAAACCUCAGGCCCGUGCCACAAAGGGAACAAAAGGGUUUAAGUGUGACGUGUGUGCACGAGAGUUUACAUUGUCUGCAAACCUGAAGAGGCACAUGUUAAUUCAUGCCAGCGUUCGGCCGUUCCAGUGUCACGUGUGCUUCAAAUCUUUUGUCCAGAAACAGACCCUCAAAACUCACAUGAUCGUGCACCUGCCUGUAAAACCCUUCAAGUGCAAGGUGUGUGGUAAAUCGUUUAACCGUAUGUACAACCUCCUGGGCCACAUGCACCUCCAUGCUGGCAGCAAACCCUUUAAGUGUACAUACUGCUCCAGUAAAUUUAACCUGAAGGGAAAUCUUAGCAGACACAUGAAAGUCAAGCAUGGAAUGGACAUCUCUCCAGAUGGACAAGAUGGCCCACCAGACAUGGAGCCCCAAGAGGACUACGAGGAGGAGAACUUCAAUUAUGCAACGCAAGAGAAUUUGGAAAACGAUGCACCGAACUUAACUAAACUUUCUGAGGUGGCCAUCCAGGAGCUUGACUAUUAUAACUUUGGAAAGGAUGUUGGAAGCUACAAUACAGCCUAAACACAAUUUAAAUGAAUGUCAGGUUGAAUAAAUGUUAAGUUACAUGUGG